AAUUUUUUUCGAGCGAGAAAAGGGGGCGUGGUAGCUUUAGCUUGUGUAUAUGUGGCUACCACAGAACGUUAUCAAUUUGUAAAUUACCCCCCCAGCAGUCGAUUGACAAUUGCUCUAACAGCAGCUCGGUUUCGAGUUCAGUUUUUUCUCGUUUGCCGCCCGACUCUGACAUCAGUGUCAAGAAUCAGCAGCUGCUGCCUGCCAUUCGGUUUUUACUUGUUUCUGUUCGGCUUUCGUAUAUACUCUAAAUUCGAAAAAAGAAAUCAUUUUCUGCAGUUCGCGAUCUUUCGGUCAAUAACACUUAGCCAAUAUGUGUCAACCAAUGGGCCAGCUGUUGUGUGAGAUCAGGAACAUGCCACUCUCCGGCGAUAGGGAGUUGGAUGACCAGAUCCGCAAAUGGGUCCGGUGGGACAAGUGCCCCAGCACCGUUUGCCAGAUAAUGGACGCCGUCCGAGUUAAGGACUGGGACACCCUGCGCAAGAGAUUGUGCAACCGGAUCAAGUUUGGAACGGCGGGCUUGCGAGCCACGAUGCGGGCGGGCUUCGAUUCGAUGAACGAACUAGUAGUCAUUCAGACGGCUCAAGGACUGUGCGAGUACAUAAAGACGCAGUAUCCGAACCGCGAGGACUGGUCUGAGCGGGGCGUUGUAUUCGGGUACGACGGGCGGUACAACAGUCACCGCUUCGCCGAGUUGUCGGCCAUUGUGUUUUUGAACAAUGACUUCAAGGUGUGGCAAUACAGACGAUAUGUACAUACGCCCUUGGUCCCUUACGCCAUUAUACGGCUGCAAUGCUUGGCCGGCGUCAUGGUGACCGCGUCCCAUAACCCCAAAGAGGACAAUGGCUACAAAAUAUUUUGGAGCAACGGAGCCCAAAUCAUACCGCCUCACGACGAGGGUAUCGAGGAGUCGAUCCUGAACAAUCUGGAUCCAAGGGGCGCUUCUACGGACGACUCUGCAAUGUGUUCGAACAGUAUGUUGGACGAUCCGUACGACAUUGUCGUGCAGCCUUACUUCGACACAUUGAAGAAGGGCAUGAACUGCACCCUAUUUGAAUGCAACGACAAGUGUACGCUUAACUUCACAUACACAGCCAUGCACGGCGUGGGCCAUGAAUUUGCGAAGGCAGCCUUCGCAAGGGUCAAUCUCAAGCCGUUUCAUUCGGUGACCGAGCAAGAGGAUCCCGACCCGGAGUUUUCCACCGUGCCUAACCCUAAUCCAGAGGAGCCCAAGACUUUGGAAUUGGCCAUGAAGACGGCCAAAUCAAACGGCAGCGAAAUUAUUCUUGCCAACGAUCCGGACGCUGAUCGUCUGGCAGUGGCCGAAAAGGGCGAUGAUGGCAACUACAAGGCCUUCACUGGCAACGAAGUGGGCGCCCUGCUCGGAUGGUGGGCAUUGGAGCUCUACAAGAUACAAAACCCUGGCGCUGACAUGAGCAACGUCGUAAUGAUAUCUAGUACGGUUAGCUCAAAGAUUCUGAGGGCCAUGGCGGACCGAGAAGGCUUCCAGUUCUACGAAACGCCAACGGGCUUCAAAUGGAUGGGAAACAAGGCUAUUGAGCUGCAGGCGGCUGGUAAGACGGUGCUGUUUGCCUUCGAGGAGGCUAUUGGCUACAUGUUCGGCGCAGCCGUGCCUGACAAAGACGGAAUCACCGCUGCCGCUCAAUUUGCCACAUUGGCGUGCUAUUUGCGCUGUAGGCAGUGUAUGACUUUGCAGGAGAAGCUACGUGACAUUUACGAGACCUACGGGUUCCACACGACCAUCUCUUCCUAUGUCAUCUGCCGUUGCCCUCCUUUGAUUGAGAAGAUUUUCGAGCGUCUGCGAACUUGGGACGAGGGUAAGGCAGAUACCUAUCCGACCAGCAUCAUGAAUCGCGACUACGAGAUCGAGAGCGUUCGCGAUCUGACCACGGGCUACGACAGCAGCACCUCCGACAAAAAGGCCGUGCUCCCAUCUAGCUCCAGCUCCCAGAUGAUCACGUUUACCUUCAAGAACGGCGCUGUGGUUACUCUCCGCACCAGUGGCACCGAGCCCAAGAUGAAGUACUAUGCCGAGAUGUGCGGCAAGCCGGAGGAGAAGAACUGGACCAAGCUGACCAAUACCCUCAAAAUAAUUACAGAUGGCUGUGUCGAGGAGUUCUACGAGCCUACAAAGAACGGGCUCCAGCGUAGGAAGGAGUAAUUUGGACUGGGUGCGGAGCGGUGAUGAAGCUGUCUCAAAAUUUGACGAUGCAUUAAAUCUGGCUUAAUUUAUUAGUUCUAUAUUAACAGCACUGACGCAUAAGCCAAAAAGAACAGGCAACAGCUGCAAGCGCAGGCUGUUGAAUGUUAGUUAUAGACCAAUUAAUUUGAAAUGUUAAUAUUAUAUUCUACAGUAUAGACAAAUAUUUACAAGCUGUAAAUAAAAUCGAAUGCCACCAUCUGCAUCAACCCAGAA